AUGCCACCUCGCAGACGAUCAACCGCACACGGCAACACCGACGAGUCGGACGAGGAAGAGGUCCUCCAGGUCCUCACUCCUGCACGCGAUCGUCGUCGAUCCACCCGUCGCGUGGUGGAUAGCCCGGCAUCUCCCACGAGGCCUACCACCACGCCCACCUCGCGCCGUACAUCAAAGCGGUUUGCGGACCAAGGGGACGACCAUUCCCAGGUGGAGGAGAGACAACUUCGAUCCGCCGGGACAUCCCGUACUGCCAUCACUGUCCCCGACACUGACGACUCGGACUUGGACCCCUUGGCGGCGGCACAUGAUCGUACGCCGCAACCAUCCGCUGGCCCAUCCCGUGCUGUCAUCACUCUCCCCGGCACCGACGACUCCGACUUCGACCCCUUCGAAAUGGCGUCGCCGCCUGCUGCUGCUCCCAGCUCAGUCCGGCAGGCGCGUGUGGCCAAGACCGCUACAGGGGAUCCGGAAAAGGGCGAGCCGUACGUUGACAUUCCAUUUCUCCCUCUCGCAACUCUUGUCCAGUACCACCAUGCCGAGGGUGUAGCACGCAUCACCGCGAGUAGCCGUGCCAAAGUGAUGCAAGAGCAAGACAGUGGCCGUAGCGCAAGCCCACGAGCCCAACCGAGCCGGCCACAACGACAAGCUGCCAAGGCCGCGGCACCAACCAAGCCUCGGUGGAGAGUGGCUUCCUCAGAUGACGAUGACGAAAACGACCUUGGCGGGUAUGGCGACGACAGCGAGGACUUUGUAGAGUACGUUGGCAGAAAGAGCCAGAGCGACACCGAGAGCAAAGAGUACUCCGCCUCGGAGGACGAGGUGGUUCGGCGCAGCACCCGCACUGCCAAGCGUGCCCGCGAUGUGACACCACGACAGACCAGGUCGUCACGACAGUCCACCUCUACAUGUGAAUCCAUCCACUUCUGCAUCACUCCUCCCGUCCACACCCUUCAUCGCCCACCUCAGCAACCCCGUGACGACCCGGACGACGAGUCCGCAUCAGACGACCACAUGGUCUUGACCCGCUCCGCUGGCAAGGUUGCUCGUGUUGCCCCGCCAGUGCCGCCUCAAACUCGCGCAGCCCCGCGCCACCAGUCCGUCGAGUCCUCGGCUUCAUUUGACCCCUUUGCCGAGAGCGAGGGCGAGUCUGAAUUAGACGACGAGGACAUGCCGGAUGAGCUGGAGAGUGACUACAGUCCCAACUCAUCCCCCGCACGGCAUCGUAGCGGCAAGGGUGGCAAGGGCGACAAGCCCAAGCCCACUCGCGCGAUUCUGUCCAAGCACUGCGAGACAUGCGAAAAAUGCAAACGCGGGCCUGCUGAAGCCUUGCUCGCCAAGGCGCUGAAGAAGAAGAACAAGGGCAAGGCUGUCCGCAAGCGUGACGAAGACCUCGUGUCCGAGUCCGAGGAGGCGCGGGAUCUCCAAGGAUGGCUUGAGUGCGACACCUGUACCGUGUCGUCCCACUGGCGUUGCUUGAAACCUUCCGAGCAAAAGGACGUCCUCAAUGCCUUCAGAGCCAAGAACCCGGGCGCACCCCCGCGCUACUCGAUUGAGAUUGACGAAACGGCGCGCUACAGGUGUACCCGCUGUACCGUGUACCCUAUCUGCUUUGUCUGCAAAGACCGUCACCUGCCUGGAAAGCACAAUGCGGAGGACACAGAGGAUGAGGUCAGCGGCACUCAAGAUGAGCCCAUCGCGAUCGAUGACGAUAGCAAUGCCGCCGAGUCUCGCGACAAGAUUCCGGCCCCGACCGAGAACCCUGACACCGCUACGCCCCUCGAGCCUGUCGGCCUGAUCAAGAGCGCACCUUCGAGCCUGCUCUUCCGCUGCUCGCGUUGCAAACAGGCCGUCCACUAUGAGCACUUGAAAUCGCCCUUUCCUCCAGGCAAAAAGUUCACGCUCCCUGAACUGGCAUACGAGUAUCAGAACAACGAGGGUUACUAUUGGUUUUGCCACUGUUGCCGCGACUGGCCGUGGCAUGUGGACAGGGUUGUGGCGUGGCGCCCACUGCCUGCCGACGCUCUUGAGCCCGAGCGUGACGAGGGCGAGCUUCCACGCUACCGCGACCGCCUCCCACGCGAGUACCUCGUCAAGUGGCAGCAACGCGGGUUCCGUCAUGUCGUCUGGGUUCCACAUGCUUGGAUUCUAGCCAUUUCCGGGCACAAGGUGCGACACUUUAUCGACAAGGGCCCCGUUCUUGAUCUCGUUACCGACGAGACUUUGGCAGCUGCUGGCGACGACAUGGUCGCUCCCACGAUUGAGGACAUUGCAGCGGCCGAGGGGCAGGGCGACGGACCCCGGCACCGCGCGCAAGCUGAGCUCGAUACCAAAUGGGAGGGCCAUGGACCGCCCCCAGAUGUCAAUGGCGAGCAACUUCUGCCAGUGCAGUGGAGCACCGUCGACCGCGUUCUUGAAGUUUACCUCAUCCCUCCCAAGAAGCCAAAGAAGAAGGCCCCGCGCAACCGCAUCGAGUCUUCCGACGAUGAGGACGAGGACGAUGAGCCCCCCGAGCGAACCUGGAAGGAUGGCGAGACUCCUCCUCUUGAAAUGUUGACCGACAUUGACAGGUGGGAGCAGUUGGCCAACCGCAAGCUGGGGCCCGAGGACGUCGACGACAUUGCCCACCUCGUCUCGUGGAUUUACGUCAAAUGGGACGACUUGCAGUACAGCGAGUCGUGCUGGGACACACCGCCCCCGUUCACGUCGCCGCUGUACCCUGCGUUCAAGCGCGCACUCGCGCGAUACCUGGCCGCGCGCAAGGUCGUCGUCCCCAUCCUUUCCGCCGGGCAGCGCAGGGAACGCGAUGCCAUGGCGGCGCGUCAAGGCCGUCCACCAAAGGAACAGCCCGCAUGCAUCGUCGGCGGCACGCUCAUGCCCUUCCAGAUCGAGGGCUUCCAGUGGCUCCUGUACAAGCACUGGCAGAGGCAGAGCUGUAUCCUGGCCGAUGACAUGGGUCUGGGAAAAACGAUCCAGGUGUGUUCCUUCCUGGGAUAUCUCUGCUCGGAACAGUACCAGAUCUAUCCCCACCUCGUCGUUGUGCCCAACUCGACCAUUACCAACUGGGUGCGCGAGUUUGAAAAAUGGGUGCCGCACGUCCGUGUGGUGCCCUUUUACGGCGAGGCCGCUUCGCGCAAGGUUGUCUCCAAAUAUGAAAUGUACCACCCGGGUCUGCAGGGCAAGGCAGACGGUCUCAAGGCGCAUGUCAUUUUGACCACGUACGAUACCAUUACUGGAUCUGACUUCAAGUACUUUAACAGCGUGCCUCAGUGGGAGGUGGUGAUCGUCGACGAGGGCCAGAGGCUCAAGUCUGACACCAACCUGAUUUUCAACCGCCUCAAGCAGCUCAACUCGGUCCAGCGUAUCCUCCUGACGGGCACACCGCUCAACAACAACAUUCGCGAGCUGUUCAACCUGCUCAAUUUCCUGGACGAGGCCGAGUUCAAGCACCUCGACGCCCUCGAGGAGCGGUUCAUGGACCUCAACGAGACGCUCUUGACGGAACUGCACGACAUGAUCAAGCCGUACAUCCUGCGGCGCAUCAAGGCGGAUGUCCUCAAGCUGCCCCCGAAGGUCGAGAUUAUUGUGCCCAUUUCAAUGACGCCAGCGCAAAAGCGCCAGACGCGCCUGCUGAUGAAGAGCCACGCGGACACGAUCAACAGUAUCCGACAGAACAUGAAGAAGAAGCGCAAGCUGGCAGACGUCGAUGCGCAGCGGAAGAAGAAGAAGUCCGCCGCGGAGGAGGCAGCGGAGGGGGAGGGGGAGGGGGAGAGAGACGCCGAGGGGGAGACCGAAGGGGAAGCCGAGGUGGCCACAGCGACGGCAGAAGCAGAAGGCAGUGGGUCUGGAGCGGGAGCGCAAGGCAGUGGAUCUAUGGCAGAGGACGAGCCCGUGGUUGUAGAGCCCGAGAGCGACGAGGCCGGUGGCGACGAGGCCGAGGCCAGCGGUGCGAACGAGGCCGACAAGUCGGGCGCUACGAGCGAGCGCGAGGUGAUCGUUGUUGACGCAGACUAA